AUGGGCGAGAAGAGUGAAGAAAUCCUCUUACAAAUGCAGAAGGUCCCUACAGUCUAUGAUAACAUGAUACAAGCUCUGGAAAGCCAUUUCAUACCACGAAGAAACAUCAUAUUCGAAAGAUUUCAAUUUAACUCUAGGGUCCAAUUACCAGGGGAAAACAUUGAUAGUUUUAUAGCAGCAGUGCAUACUCUUGCAGCUAAUUGUAACUUGGGUGUACUCAAAGAAGAGUUUAUAAGAGAUAGGAUUGUCGUUGGCAUGCUUGACAAGAAGACUAGUGAAAAAAUGCAAUUAGAGGCCAAACUUACAUUAUCAGAUGCAAUAUUAUAUGCACGCCAAGCUGAACUGCAGUCCCAGCAAAACAGUGUACUACAACAACAACAGUCAUCACUUAAUGUUAUAGCUAAACAAGAAAACACUCCAAAAAGUUUCAAUAUGAGUAAACGUCCCCAGCAUCCUGAGGUAAAGUGUAAAUACUGUGGUUUGGCACAACAUAAACGAGAAAUCUGUCCUGCUCGAAGAUCUACAUGCAGAGGGUGUGGAAGAUUUGGUCACUGGGAUAGAGUAUGUCUGUCCAAGGAGAAGGACUCAAGAUCUCUCCACCAUAUAACCACCUCUUCAGAAGGUGGUGUUCAAAUUCAGGAUCCUCUUUUCUUAGGUAAUGUUACUUUGAAUAAACAUAUGUUAGGAAAUGUUUUUACAAAUAACCAUAAUCAAUGGCUGGUUAACUUACAAAUAAGUGAUAAUAAGAAAUUAGUUCCCUUUUUAGUUGAUUCAGGAGCUGAUAUUGUCUGCAUUCCAUCAAAUCGUUUAGAUUCAAUCUUAUUAAAGAGUUUAAAAAACUGUUCUGAAACAAUAUCAGGCCCUGAUGGUACCAAACUAAAAGUUCUGGGUAAAAUUACUGAAAAACUUACAUAUCCUUCUAAAGGCAAAUCUUGUACUUUGGAUUUAUUUGUAAUUCAAGAUUUAAAAAUGCCUAUUCUGGGAAGGCCAGAGAAUCCUAAAGAUUCAUCUUCUGGGGAGAAAAUUGUAGAAAGUGAUAAUGUACAGUGUAGUGACAAACCAAUAUCUAUUAGUGAGAGUGCAAAAGCCUUACUAAGCAGUGUAGCUCCAGGUGCAUCAGAAAACAUUGCUCCAAAGAGAAAUAAAAAACGUCCCAACUGGUUUUCAGACUACAUCACAUAA